AUGAUGUGUGGGGGGUCACUAAGCUAUUUGGUUGAUGGUUGCUCUCCUGACAUUAACACAAGUAGCUCUGACUGGGCAUCUCAGCUAGUGACAGUGAGGAAGAAUGAGGCAACUCCUGGUAUUCAUGUUCUGCUGACAUUUGGCUUUGACACAGCUGUGUCUCUGACUGGAAUUGAGAUGGACUUGUUCAACUGUCCUGACUGGAACAUUGGUACUCCAUCUAUCAGAGUGUUUCUCAAUCCAGAUUACAACUUAACAGCUACCACCAACAUAUUAUACAGCAUUCCAUUUGUAUUCGCUGAUGACAACUCCCUCCAGUCAUCUUGUGACUCUCUUUCAAAUGUUACCAUUUCUGGAGGCUCAUUCCUAAGUGGAUCCUAUCGCACAGUCUAUAUUCUAAUGGACCUAUCACACACCUCAUCCAUACAGUGGGUUCAUGUGGGUGAGGUCAGGUUCAUUUGUAGAGACAAUCAAACUUGUCUUCGACCAACUUCUCUAUCUUUGCCAAAAACAACACUAACUCCCUCCGGUACCACCAAUCUGUAUACAUAUUCAACAUACCAAAUGAAGCCAGAAACAUCUUCUACCCCAGACACCUCACCAUCUGACCCAGCGAUAUCUUCUACCCCAGACACCUCACCAUCUGAGCAGUCUGACAACACCAUAAUAUUUGCGCUGGUAGCAACCAUUGCAGGACUCAUCUUGUUGGCAUGCUUCUUGACCAGUUUAGCCGUAUUCUUGGCGAGAAAGUGCUCCUGUUGUACCCAAGCACAAAAUGCUACCAAGACUGUACCGUAUGAACUAGAGAAGCGUUCCACUCUUCGCAGCGGCAUCGAAAACCACGUAGAAGCAACCAACCCCAUACUUUCUUCUUCUGCGAAUGACUCUCGCUAUGUCUGCCCCGAUGCUUCGCUGGAUACAAACAGCAGCGAUGAGCACUAUGACAUCAUCAAGAAGGAGUUUAUCUGCCCGGCAGACGAGGCCUACUACGAUGUUGUCGCACGUGACGAACCUCCACCAGCCAUCCAACUCACCCAGACUGGAUUCCCCAAGAACAACAAUGGCGGAGGACACUAUGAAGCCAUUCCUCUCCCUACAGAAACACCAGCAGUGGCAUCACUUGUCAAGAAAGACAAACAUCCCAGAAGAGUCGAUGAAUGCACAGUCUAA